GUCGCGCGCCGCCAGCGGCGCGUCCUGCGUGAGGAGUGAGUGCGCACGCCCCGCCGCCAUGUCGGCGCCGUGGGCGGGCGAUGUUUCCACGUUGUUGCGGCCGUUGGAGGUCGCGCAUCUCGGUGUGUUGGCGCGCGGUCAUGCCGUUGCGGCUCCUGAGCUCCGUGCAAAGCACGUGGUGCAGGUCCUUCGCGACCUCUUCCAUUUCGCCUGCACCGAACAGGUCGUGGCGAGUGUCUACGAGAAGGUGCUCCGGGAGGCGCCGGAAUUGCUAGGUGGAGCGCCUUUGCAACUGCAUGGUGUCGUGCCGGAGGCCACGCUCAUCCAACCUGUCACCACGCGCUGCGUGGACUGCGGGUGCGCCUUGGACGUGCAACCCGCGCACGUCGCGCUGGCUUUCCUGCUGCAUAUGGGGUGGAAAGAGGUCGCCUGGCGGCGAGCCACAUGCAGGUCUUGCCAUGCAUGGUACAGCAACGUGUGGUGCAGUCGUCCCGGUGCACGUGCUUCCUGUUUUUGUGUGGCUGCGCCGGAGGAUGUAGACUUCCUGCAGAUUGUGGCUUGUCCGCGCAAGAACGGCAAAGCCUUCAUCGAGGUCAGGGCUCUGUGGUUGAUGCGCGCAGCCCUGCUGCGCGUGCGCGCUCCUUUCAGCGGCUUUGUGGAGAUGCUAGCUGACUUGCAUGCGCUUCCGGCUGAUCGCAAGCAUGACUGUCUUCGUUUUGAGCAACAUUGGCUGUUGUUGGAGGCAUUGACGUUGCUGUGGCACCGAGCGCCCCAUGUUUUGCGUUCCGUGGCAUGGCCGCUGGAUGGGCAGCAUCAGACUCAGGCAUGGCAAGGGAUUUUGGAGCGAAUCCUGCCCUUGCUGAGCGGCUUGGUGCGAGACAUUCAUUUCCGGGAGCAUGUCUGCCACCUGUGCGCCGUGCCUGCAGUCACUCUGGAUGCCAAGUACGGGAUGACGUGUUCCUUGUGUAACCACCGGGAGGGCAGAGUGGUGGAAUACCCGGCCAUCAACUGCUCCGUCAUGUUUGGCUGUCAGCGUGGACCUGCUCCCGGGCAUUUGUACUGUCGCAUGCAUGCAGCGGACGGAGCACUGGCUGCUGCUGCGGACCAGCACAUUCUCCGACAUCGCGACGUGGACGGAGUGCGCUCCUACAAGGUGGUUGGCUCGUCGGAGUGGUGCUUGGGUUCCGCUCUGUCCACUGCCGCCAUCCAGGCCUACGAGCAGCGGUUGGCGGAGCAACACGAUCGUCGCAAAAGACGCCGACGUGUUGCGGCUUCGUCGGCCCACCUGCCGGCGGAACCGGAGGUGCCUGGCGAUGCGGCUUUCCACGAUGCUGUGGAACCGGAGCUUCGGUCGCAGGCCGAUGAUGUCAAUCCAUGUGGCAUCGACAAGGUUGUGCUGCUGCCCCGCCGGUCUUAUGGAGGCUUGCUGGUGGCGACGCUCCCUUGCGGCAGGGUUUGCUCCGCGGUGCCUUUGGCGCACGCGGAGUCACUGACUCAAGUCUAUGCGUUGCUCUCUUCGCUGACGCCGGAGGAUGGCGAUGCACGGCCACCGCUCCAGUAUGUGAUUUACGACAACGCGUGUGCCCUGGCUCGUUUUGCGCGGCACCCGCUCCGGAAGGAGCGGACGCCCACAGCGGCCGCAUUGGCUGCUUUGACUUACGUCCUUGACGGUUUUCAUGCACAGAAUCACACCAGCUGCCUGGACGAGAGCCAUCCUCUGUACACGCCGGAGGUGCAGCGCGCACAGCACGCUGCGCUGCAGGGACUGAACACGCAGACGGCUGAGCAAUUCUUCUCAUGGUUGGAUCCGUUUGUACGUUCGGCCAGCUGCAUGUCCCCGCCCGUCUUUCGGGUGUUUGUACAGAUCCUAAUUCAUUUGUUUAACACGUCUAUUUGCACGUCACCGGAGCCGCGCGUGCGCGCGCGCCGCCCGCGUGCGUCGAUGGCCGCGGCCGGAACGCCCUCGCGACCAGAUGUCGCCUCCGUUGUGCCCGAAGCGGUGCAGCAACUUAAUUCGCCCGUGUCGCCUGUGCGGUUGCGCCGCAACCCGCGCGGUGAGGUUGACGAGUUUUUCCAGAAACUGGAAGCCGAAGCUGUCUUCCCUGCCGGGGCGCUGGAGCAGCUGGCGCCGCCGGAGCUGGUCUCGCUCUGGAAGGAUAUCGCGGCUACGCAGACCGUAGCGUGGCCCUGGGUGAUGCUCUGCGAGUUGGCUCUAGCCAGUUUUCUCACGCCGAAUGCUCGGCUGCAUCCUUUGGCUAGUUUCACGGUCUUCUCUCUGACGUGGUCCUUCUUUCUACACCCGGGCAGCUGUCACACCUCCAACCUGCUUCGUCUCUACCAAAACGUUUUCCAUGGCCUCGAGAAGAAGGUCAACAGGUUUCGCGCUGCAGAAUGUGCGCGUCUGCGCCAGGCAGCGCAACCGGGGGCAGACGCACAGGCGCUCCUCAAAGAGCGGUUGUCAAAGCUGCAGCCGCUCGCACUGCGCCUUGGCACGGGGUCUUUGGAGGGCAUCGGGCUUCGUAUGAGCCAGUUCCCUGACUGGACCGCGGCCUCCGGAUUUCUGGUCGAGGGGCUGCAAUUUGUACAGUGGCUGCAGGCGGAAUUUGGCUUGAACCGAGCCAUUGCGACACAGUUGUGGGAACGCAUGUCCUGGCAACGAGAUGUCGUGAAUCAAGGCCGGUCGUUCGACAUGACCUUUCCGUUUCUUGCCGUCUGCGGUGCGCUGCAUCUGGAGGACGUGUGGCCGAUGUUUGCGCAACCGGACCCGCUGGGGUUGCGGGGGCGCCUUUGUUUUUUUUACACUCGGCCGGCGCUGAAGCGCGCUCGUGGGAUCGAGGAUGCGAACCAGCGCUUGCGGAACCAUCGUGGUUCCAACAAUUUGGAGCAAAGCCUUGUGGACCGCUUCUGGCGCAUUUACCAGGCACAUGCCCAAGAGCAUCGGUCCGCGGCUGCGUUCAGCUGGCACUUGGAGUACCCGUUCCUCAACUAUUCCUUCAGUGACGAGGACGAGGCAGCUGCCACGUUCGCGCGGGCCUUUGAUGCGCACGUGCAGCUCCAGGAGGAAACGUUCCUGGUCCAGCACGAGCUCAGCAAGCGCCAUGGAAAGCUCAAAGGCAAGCACCUGCGCCACGCGUUGAAUUGGCGCAAUGUGCUAUGCAGCUUUCUCCAACGUGAUCCACAAGCGUGGCCGACCACGGUCUCCGUUUCAGCGCUCCGCGCCGCGGAGCUGCUGGGCGCUGAGCGCAGGGAAAAGGAUGCUGUGCGUACCCAUGGGGACCAGAUUGUCGCAAUGCGGCGCAUGGACGCCGAGGACUUCAUCAAUGCGGUGCCUCCUGCCCAUCGCUCCAAGCUCCUUCCCUUUGCGGCCAUCUUGCUCCAAAUGCACACUGUCUGGUUGGAUUCCACAGCCCUGCGCUCCCACUACUUUGUGCGGGACAGCUUCCCGGGUGCGUCUGCCGAGAGCAAGCUGCAGUUCGUUUGGCGAGCAGUGAUGCUCCUGGAGCGGCUGUCUGUUGGCCUUUGUGGACUCACUACGAAUCCCUACGGGCCGAAACGGCUUCUGGCAGUGAAGCGCCCGGUGCCCACUGAGGACGGCCUGGCACGACGGACCUUUCUGGAUGUUUUGCGUGUCUUGGGCGUCGACCUUGCGGCGCACCAUGGGCUGGGCCUUGCUGAGACCUUGGCCCAGCGGCCUGCCAACGCGCCGCUCUUGGAGGACACUGCGCCGGACCUGGCAGCGGCUUCGUCGCUGCUCUCGUCGGUCGCAGCGUGGGCCGCUCCGGUCGAGUGA